AGCACGCUAGUCAAAUGUCGUGUCUAAAUAUAGAGGUUUCUUCCAGUCAACGUCAAAGAAAACUCAAACUUACUCGGCUGCAUUCCAUCAUUUUGGUCACCUGAUUGUUGCGCAAAUCAGUGUUGUAGCAGUGACGGUAAACCACAGGUUGAAAACGAGUUUUUGUGCUCUGCGCUUGGCCAUCUCUUUUAGACGCGUCUCCUGACUGAGAUUACCAUGGAGAAGCCGUGCUGAGCCGUGCAUGAUGGCGCUGUACUGAGUCUGACAUUGAACAUCCCAGCUGAUGAAAACAGCCCAGGCCUGCCAUGAGGGACCGACUGAGCUUCCUGCAGGAGCUGUCCGACGGCCAGCCGGAGGCGGUGGAGCAGAUGGAGUACGCCGAAUCCUCGGCCGCCUCCGACUCCUACAGCAACGUGGACCUGGAGGACCUCCAGUCCGUGGCGGUGGUGUUUGACACCAGCCAGGACCUGGACGAGGUCCUGGGCAAGGCCCAGGAGGUCCACCGCGAGGUGCAGCUCAUCCGGCUGGAGACCAAACGUCUGCGGGAGCAGAACGCCCGCGUGCUCCAGGGCACCACGCGCAUGAGCGCCAUCAAGCGCGACGCCAACGCCAUCGGCACGGACAUCAAGCUGCGGGCGGAGGGCGUGCUGCAGAAGCUGCGCGACAUGGACCACGAGGCGCGCAAGAUGGAGGAGGAGCACGGCGCCAACGCCGCCGUGUCCCGCAUCGCCCGCACGCAGUACGCCUGCCUCAGCAACGGCUUCCGGGACACCAUGUUCGACUACAACGAGGCGGAGAUGAGCCACCGGGAGAACUGCAAGGCCCACAUCCGGAGGCAGAUGGAGAUUGUGGGCCGGGAGACGACGGGCGAGGAGGUGGAGGAGAUGAUCGAGACGGGCCAGUGGAACAUCUUCGGCGGCGAGCUGCUGGCCGAGGGGAAGACGGCGCGCUCGGCGCUGACGCAGAUCGAGAAGCGGCACCAGGACCUGGUGGAGCUGGAGACGCGCAUCAAGAACAUCCACGAGAUCUUCCUGGACAUCGCCCUGCUGGUGGAGGAGCAGGGACCCAUGCUGACGUCCAUCCAGAGCAACAUCCAGAAGACGGACGGACACAUCCAGGAGGCGCUGAUGAAGCUGGGCCGGGCCAAGAGGCACGACAAGAACAACCCCUUCAAGAAGAUGUUCUGCGGCUGCUUCCCCUGUUAUAAAUAAAGCGUGAUGGAGCAGGUGGUGGAGCAGGCCCGAUAGCCUCCUGAUGGGUCAAACCAUGCUAAACCUAAUAGGGGUGAACGUCAAAGUACUGUGGUGUUUGCCCCCUUCAUUAAGCUCUCAGGGGUGUUGAUUAACAUAUACACGGCACUUUACACGAAGCUGUCAAGAGAUGUUUAGGUGUCCAACAAAGAUGAUCGCAAUAUUAUGGUCCAAACCCAAUGACGUUCAUUGUGUCCGAUUUAAGUAGGUAUUUAAAAUGGUGUCUGUAACGUAAGGGUUUGAAUUCAUAGAAUUCUACUGAUUUGGGUUUAAAACUUGAAUGUCAAUAAUCUGUUUGUGGUGCUAAAUCGCAUCAAUAAUAUUAUUAAAGCUGUGUUUGUUUUGUACUAUUACCGAUACAAUUCGCAGUUCAGCAACACCCGAAUAAACCUUCAUAUUGUAAAAACUGCACAUAGGUUGAACUUUCGCUAAGCACGGACAAUGAUAUCAACAAUGCAACAAGUGAUACUGAUCCACUGAUAAUAUAUUUAGCAUAAUUAGAAGCACAAUAUGUAUGUUAUUUCUUUGUACUCAGGUGUCAUUUAUCCUGCAUAAAUUAUAAAAUGACUUCAUUUGUUUGUCUCUGUGUGAAUGGGAAACUAAUUCUUCCAAAUCGUAAGCCUCAUAGCAUAUUUCAAGGAAUUGAGCGUCAAUAUUGCCUUAGUCAAAUAGAUGACGAAUCCUAUCUUAAGCUGAUAGUGAUUAUAAAAUGUAAAAGGAGCUCUGAUUGGCCUAGGAUAUAGCCAAUGAGACACCGCAAAUCAGCAGCAUUAGGAGAGUGGAGUUAGGUUAGAUAUCACAAUUUGGCCAAAAUAUGACUCAGGAAAUUGAGGAUCAUGAUAUGCAUGAAUGUAAAUGAAUAAUUCCACAACUCAAAUAAAUUAUGUUAUUAUUAUAUGCUGCUUUGAAUUGUGUUCACAAUAAAUAAAAGAAACUGAAAAUU